CCAACCCGGGCAGUGUGGGCCUUUAUCUGGGCUGUGUUUCCUCCCUGAGAACACCAGGCCUUGGAGCCGGAGGACGCGCAGGCUCCCCCCAUGGCCAUCUUACUCAUCCUCCUUCUGUCUCUGUGUGGCCGCUCCCAGGCCGUUGUAGACAACAUCCAGGCCAUCUAUGUGGCCUUAGGGGAAGCAAUGGAGCUGCCGUGUCCCUUACCUCGUAUCCUACAUGGGGACGGAGUCCUGUCUUGGUUCCACAGCCCCGCAGCAGGCACGUCCACUACCCGGGUGGCCCAAAUCCAAAUACCCAGCAGAGUCCCACACCUUGGGCAAACCGGAAGGGACUCCAGACUCAAACUCCUGGGAAACUAUUCCUUGUGGCUGAAAGAGUCCCAGGACGGAGACGCCGGCCGGUACUGGUGCACCGUGCUGGGUCAGCACUUGGAGUACCAGAACUGGAGGGUGUACGACGUCUCUGUGCUCAAAGGGUCCCAGUUCUCGGCAAGGGCUCCAGAUGGCUCUUCCUGCUCUGUCCUCCUGUGCUCUGCAGUACCUGCCAGGCGUCUGGACUCUGUGGCCUGGCAGGAGGGGACAGGGCCCGUGAGAGGGCACACUCUGCCCUUCUGGAGUGAUGGGGCUGCGCUGCUUUUGGUCUGUCCCGGGGAGGGGCACCCUGAGCCCAGGGCCCACAGACCAAGAAUCAUCCGCUGCCUCACGCCUCAAGACAAAGGCAUCAGCUUCCGCCUGCCAGCCUCCAUGGAUGCGCCUCCCACUGUCUGUGGCCCUGCCACGGGCUGGGAUGCGCCCUGGAUCCUGACGCUGCUGCUCACGGUGGGCCAGGGGUUCACCAUCCUGGCCCUCAGCAUCGUGCUCUGGAGGCGGAGGGCCCAGGGGCUCCAAGGCCAAGAAGCCUCAGUUCCUCAGUUCAAGCCUGAAAUCCAGGUCUAUGAGAACAUCCACUUGGCCUGUCUCCGCCCACCUGCCCACAAGACCAGAUGAUCUUGGUGACAUCUGCUGCUGGGAAGUGUGACCUGCUGGUUCCCCGCCAUCUGGCAUAUAGAGGACGCAAGGGGGGAGGGGCUGGCUGUCCAGCUGGCCCUCAGCAGCCUCCAAGCUGUGUGGGGGGAUGGGAGGGGCUGAAAGAAAGGAGCGGCAUUGUUCCAUGUCCUCCCUUACAAAAA